AUGGACGACGACGACUCGGGCGUGCCCAAGGGCCUCGAUGAGCCGAGCAUGGAGCCGACGUCGCUUGAGUCGCUCGAGAAGGACUUUCAGGAGGUGCUCACGGAGCUCGUCGGCGACAAGAGUCUCGAGCGGUUCCGGCUCGAGUACGAGAAGCUCCAUCGCGCGCUCAAGAAGAGCUCGCUCCAAGAGAAGAAGCUCAUCAAAAAGUGCCGCGAACUCAACGGCGAAAUCGUCAACAACGCCGCCAAAGUGCAGACCGCGCUCAAGCUGUCGCAGGAAGACCAGGCGACGAUCGCGUCACUUAAGAAGGAAAUGGAGAAGGCGUGGAAGAUGGUCGAUGCGUCCCACGAAAAGGAAAUCCGCGCCAAGGAGACCAUCACGCAGCUCAAGGACGAAAUCACAAACUUGAGCCGCCUUGUCGAGCAAGGGGCCGGUCUGAGCAUCGGUCAAGAAAACAUGAUGAAGGAGCUCGUGAAAACCAAGGACGAGCUCUCGCGCAGCAACGAAGAGCACGAGAACAACGCGCGGAAGGACCACCAGCGCAUGCAAGAGCUCCACGCGCGCAUUGUGGAGCUCGACGAGACCAAGAAGCAGCACAUUACCGAGAUCCAGACGCUCAAAGAAAAAAUUGUGCUCAAAACGAACGAGCAAGAGCGCGAGAACCGCCGGAAGGAGCGACUCGACAAGGAAAUCAAGGACGUCAAGCUCAAGCUCGAAAAGAAGACGGUCGAGAGCACGUCGCUCUCAACGGACAUGACGCGCGCCCAGUCGCAGAUCCAAGGCCUCGAGAAGCAGCUCAGCGACAGCCAAGCGGCGAUGGACAAGUACGUCCGCGACUACGAAGCGCUGUACAACCGCAGCCAAAAGCUCACCGAGCUCUUGAACGAACAGAGUGACAAGACGUCGCAGCUGGAACUGCACCGGCGGGAACUCGAAAACGAAGUCAAGGCCAAGGACGACGAGAUCACCAAGCUUAAGCUCGAGAAGGGCGCGGCGGAGCGCAAGAUUGACAAGGAAAAACGCAACAUUCAAAAAGUCGAAGAGAAGCUCGAGGAUGAGCGCACGGCCAAAAUCGUGCUCCAGACGCAAAUCAAGUCGAUGCAAAAGGACCUGGACACGGACAAGAAGAUCGAGGAUGCGCAAAAGGCCGAGCUUGACGCGCUCGAACGCGAGCGGGGCAUCCAGAUCAAGAACGUGCAAAAAGCCGAAGAAAAGAUUAAAAAAGCAACCGACGAAGUCAAGACCAACGAGCGCGUGGCCAAGAACCUCGAGGCGGAGCUCAACGGGUACAAGAACGAAGCCGCGAAGCAGCGCAAGCUCAUCUACCAGCUCGAGAAGGAGCGGGAAAAGUACGGCAUCGAGGCCAGCGAGCAGCGCAAUCUGUACCUCCAGGCCCAAGAGGACAUCAAGCUCAAGGACAUGCGCAUUUACGAAAUGCAGAAAAAGGUCACUGAAGGCGAGUCCAAGCUCAAGCAGCAGCAGCAGCUGUAUGAGGCCGUCCGGAGCGACCGGAACCUCUACAGCAAGAACCUCAUCGAGUCCCAAGACGAGAUUGCGGAAAUGAAGCGCAAGUUCAAGAUCAUCAACCACCAGAUCGAGCAGCUCAAGGAGGAAGUGAGCGCCAAAGACCACGCGCUCGUCAAAGAGCAUUUCGACCACCAAAAAGUCGAAAAGCAAAAGGAGCAACAUAAGAGCGAGCUCGCGCGGCUGCGGACCCUGCUCACGACCAACGAAGAGACCAUCAACAACCAAGACGCGGAGCUGCGAAAGCUGACGACCAUGAUCCGCCGCAUGGACGACGAGGCCUUGGAGCAGAAGAAGGAGUACGACCAAGUCAUCAACGAGCGCGACAUCCUCGGGACGCAGCUCAUUCGGCGCAACGACGAGCUCGCGCUGCUCUAUGAGAAGCUCAAAAUCCAGCAGUCCACGCUGAGCAAAGGCGAGACGCAGUACCAAGAACGCAUCGCCGACAUUCGCGUGCUCAAACUCAAAAUCACCGACAUGAAGCGCGAGCUCCACAUCGCAAAGCACCAAGUCGGCCAGCUCGACGAUCUCAAGCGCGAGGUGUACCACCUCCAGCGCGAGCUUCUCCAGGAGAAGACCAAGGUCAAGGCGCUCAGCGAAGAGCUCGAGAAUCCCAUGAACGUCCACCGGUGGCGCAAGCUCGAGGGCAGCGACCCCGCCACAUACGAGAUGAUCCAAAAGAUUCAGACUCUGCAGAAGCGGCUCAUUCAGAAGACCGAAGAAGUCGUCGAAAAAGAUCUCGUUCUUUUAGAGAAGGACAAGUUGUACGUCGAGCUCAAGAACAUUUUGGCGCGGCAGCCCGGCCCCGAGGUCGCCGAGCAGCUCAGCGUGUACCAGCAGACGCUUCGGGACAAGGACAAGCAGCUCAAAGCGCUUCUCUCGGAGCAGAACAUGUUUCAGUCGAAAGAAAACGAACUCAAAUUUGAGAUUGAGCGCCUCGCGCGCGAGCUCCACGACGUCAAGCGAAAGUACUACAAGAAGAAGCUCGAAGACAAGCUCACGGACGUGCCGGGGCUCCCGACGCUGCACAAGCACGCGCCAGCGAUGCCCGAGAAAGUCCGGCAGCUGAGCGACCAGCAAAAGCAGCUUGCAAUCACGUCGUCCAAGCGCUACAUCGGCGGCGGCUUUAGCUUGAACCAAUAA